GUUUUAUACGGUGGCGGGUUUUAAAGACUUCCUGGAUGAAAGUUUAUGAAAUGCUUUGAUUUGAAAAAUAGAUUAUUGCAGAUGAUAUGUACACAUAGGUGCCACAGAUCAAAAAGAGGCGAGGAUGACUGUAGAACAGGAGUGGUGGCGGAACAAGCUAGCUGAGGACAUCUACGCCACAUUGCGGCUCAAAGAACAGACACUUCCACACUUCCAGGGUGUGUCCCCGCAGCUGUGGAUCCGUCGGCACCUGGUGGACUGGUUGUCUAUGAUCGUGGGUGAGCUGGAUAUUUGUGCAACAGCCCAGCACCUGGCUGUGUACCUGCUGGACAUCUUCAUGGAGGGACUAGAGGUGGAGCUAUGCUACCUUCAUCUGGUGGCCCUCACAUGUCUCUUACUGGCAGUGAAGUUUGAGGAGCACUGUGAGCACGUGCCGUUGUACAGCACACUGAACUCGUACGUGCAUGUGAACCAGUACAACGGUGGUCAGCCAUAUACAGCACGCCAGUUUCUUCAGAUGGAGCUGAACAUUCUCAGGUUCACAAACUUUGAGCUUUGUGUGCCCACUGUACCUCACUUCCUCCCAUACUUUCUCAAGGUAGCAGUAGACGAAGAUGACCUCCGUGACGGUAUACCCAUCUCCUCAAAACUGACUGUGGAGACCCACCUGGAGAAACAUGCAGCAUACUUCCAGGAAAUUGUACUUCAAGAUCCAAUAUAUCGUGACUACCCACCAUCCCAGGUGGCAGCCUCCUGUGUGGCCGCCGCCCGAAUCUGUCUUCACCUCACGCCAACCUGGCCCAAACAGCUUGAACUCAUGACAGAUUUCUACCUAGAGCAGCUCUUGCCGUGCCUGAAGGCCAUGCUGGGAACUCAUCAGCGAGACUCAGCCUCUACAACAGCAGUGGGAGGAAGUCUUCCUAGCCAGAGUUACCUCCCAUCCAUCUCCAGUGUUCAACAGAGUUACUCCCCUUUACACACACAAUUAUCAAAGAGUAAUCCUUCCUCACAACGUCAGACUGUAGACAGCCAUAAUCCAUUAACUCAUACUAGUUACAAGAGUUGUGCCCCUUCAUCCACAUCUCAACGUACCAGUGCUUUCCAGAGGUACAAACCUUACCAGAAAUCUGGGUACCUACCAACAAACCUGCCACGUGAACAGGUCAUUGUUGGAACACUUAACCCCGCUGAGUUCCAAGGACCAGGAUAUUCAAAUGCCAACGUUUAUUCAAAUGAUGGUGCUUUUUCACAUAAUGGUGCUAAUAUUGCUAACAGUGCUUUUAGACAUUUUGGUGCGCAUGACGUUGCUGUUCACUCAAGUCGGCCAUGCCGCUUUAAACAACAAUCAGAAACCCCAGAGUUUGCUGCCCUUGUGGCGCCACCUGAGCGUAAAGAGUGCAAGCCUAACUCUAACGUGCCGGCGACUUCUCUUAGCCGACCGACCAAACACUCUCGAGCCCUAGUGUAA